AUGCGGGUGUUUCUACGACGGUUCAGCGUUUCGUUGAGGGUGGCAUCUUUUGCCGAAAAGCUUGCUCUGCGUCCAUAUCAGCAGGAAUGUAUAGAAUCUUGUUUGAAAUCGCUCAAGGAAGACCGAAGAAUAGCCGUUAGCUUGGCAACCGGUGGUGGGAAGACAGUGAUAUUUAGCCAUCUGAUCAGCCAGAUCCCUGACAACCCGGCCACGGGAGGCUCCAAGACUUUGAUUCUGGUUCAUCGCAAAGAGCUCGCUGAACAGGCCGUUGCGGUUUUAACGAGAACACACCCCGAUUACAAGAUAGAAGUUGAUAUGGCCAAUACAAAAGCUACCCACGAGCCAGACGUGGACGUGACUAUUGCUUCUGUUCCCACGUUACAACGGGACUCGCGACUCGAGAAGUACAACCCGGGCGAGUACAAGGCGGUGGUUGUCGACGAAUGCCACCACGGGGUGGCCGACUCGUACAUCAAGAUCUUGAAGUAUUUUGGGUGCGAUCGACCGCACUGCGACGUUGCACUUCUUGGGUUCAGUGCCACUCUGCUUCGCUCGGACGAGAAAUCGCUCGGCCUCAUUUUCGACAAAAUCGCAUACUCAAAGGGUCUUGCAGACCUCAUUGGCGAGGGCUAUCUGUCCGACUUUACAUGGAUCCUGGUUUCUGCGGGCUUUGAGCUAUCCAAGGUGGCUGUUGGCGCAGACGGGGACUAUAAAACAGAUGAUCUAGCCAAAUUCGUCAACACCGAAGAGGUCAACUCGCUGGUUCUCCAAACAUACCAGCACUUUGUUCGCACGCACAACCUCAAAUCUACGCUCUUUUUCUGUGUCGACGUGAACCAUCUUAAAAGUUUGUCUGAGCUGUUCCGUGCGAACGGCCUGAACGCGCAGUAUGUGACAGGCAACUCGUCAAAAUUUGAUAGACAAAAACUGCUCAAGGAGUUCUCCACGGGCGAGCUUCCUAUCCUGAUGAACUGCGGUGUGUUUACAGAAGGAACAGAUAUCCCCAACAUCGACUCUGUCUUCAUGGUCAGGCCCACCAAGUCGACAAUGCUUUUGACUCAGAUGGUCGGCAGAGGACUGCGGUUGCACGGCCUCAAGUCGCGGUGUUACGUGGUGGACUUUGUCGACGCACAUUUGUCUGGAGUCGGCGGGAAGCCAACGCUAUCUGGCAAGAUCGCCAAACGCGAUACUGUCCCGCUAUUUGGCGGGAGAGGUAAGACACAAGAAGAGGAGACACCCGUCCAGGUGGAGGAGAUCAGCUACAUGGAAUAUGAUACCGUUGAUGGGUUCCAACGGUUUUUCGAGAAGUUCAAGGGACCCGAAGAGGAGAAGGAGAACGUGUUCACUACGCUUCUCAAUUCAAAGUACCAGUGGGUCCAGUUGCGGGCGGACGCUUGGGGAAUUGAUUUGGGCAAUAAUGAGUACUUUCAACUCAGAAUCUACCCAAGCGAAACUAAAACUCUCGACCUAACGAGGACCGUACGUGCUGGCAAAAUCAGAUUCCCGCAGUCGUCACGUAUUGCUAGUGCCAACGAGAUAUCUGACUUACUAGACAAGCUGGACCAAUACAUGACAGAUCAUCCAAGAGUAGCAACAAAAUACCGCAGCACGUUUUACAAAGGGCCUAUUUCGGUCAAACAAUACGAGUUCCUCAUGAAGUCCAUCACGGAGCUGGUUCUAAAGAAUGAAAGGAUAGACCCUAAAAAGUUCGAGCCGUUACUCAAUGAACAUCUUCAGGCCAUGUCUAAAAAGGAGGCAGCCAAUUUGAUCUUUGCUUACACAGUUUCCAGGUCUUAUGCUCUUAAAGCGUACAUAUCGCAACGCAUACUGCCAACAAGAGAGUCCAGAAAGUCUGUAUUUUUCUGA